AUGGCAGCCAUAACUGGUAGUGUUCUUAACAUCCAAAGCGUGAGUCAAUUUGAUGAAAUCACAGCACGUGAUUCGACUCUUUCAAUCACCUUUUUCUGGGCUGAUUUUCAUGAAGUUUGUCGUCCAAAUGGACAAUUGGAUAUCGUCCUUCGACAAUUAGCAACACUUCAUCCACGUAUUCGGUUUCUUAAAGUCGCAGCAGAGGAAUUGACGCAACUCUCGGAACGUUUUCAGAUUCAUCUUGUACCUACUUUUAUUAUUGCACAAGGUCGUUCGAUAUUGCAUAAAGUAGAAGGCGCGAAUGUCGCGAAAUUGGCGAAACACGUCGAGAUGUUGAGUAAAAACGUGAGUCUUGAGCAACCGAAUGGGGAGUCGAGUGGUAUUCGUUCAAGCACGAUUGACACGACGUUGAAUGGACCAAUGGAACACAAUCCAUUACAAGAUCGUCUGAAGAAACUAAUCCAUGCAUCACCCGUGAUGCUCUUUAUGAAGGGUAAUCCAAUGGAACCGAAAUGUGGGUUUAGUCAAGAAAUGAUCACAUUACUGAAUGAAGAGAAGAUUCAGUUUGGUACUUUUGAUAUCUUGACUGACAAUGAAGUACGUCAAGGAUUGAAACAAUUUUCAAACUGGCCGACAUUUCCACAGCUCUAUGUACAUGGUUGUUUGAUUGGUGGUCUUGAUAUUGUCAAGGAAAUCAAGUCUGAAGGAUCGAUCCGUGAACAAUUGAGACUGAACAAGAGUGUAGAGGAAGCGGAAGCAAUACUCCAAGAGAGUCUUGGUGCAUUGGUACAUUCUGCACCUGUGUUGCUAUUUAUGAAAGGCACACCAUCAGAACCCAAGUGUGGGUUUAGUAAAAAGACAGUCAAGCUCUUGCGUGAUCAUCACAUUGCUUUUAGUUCGUUUGAUAUUUUAAGUGAUGACGACGUACGUCAGGGUCUAAAAAAGUUUUCCAACUGGCCUACGUAUCCACAGCUGUACGUGAAGGGCAAAUUUGUUGGCGGUUUGGAUAUCUUGAAUGAGAUGGCGGAAGAUGGUGACCUGAGCAAACAACUUGGCGUGGAAAAGAAGGCCAAGAACGACAACAAGUACCAACAACUGAUUAAUCGUGCACGUGUUAUGAUCUUUAUCAAGGGAACACCCAAGCAGCCACAAUGCGGAUUUAGCCGCAAGCUCGUGGAUAUUUUGGACAGCGAGGGUUUUAAGUAUGACUACUUUGACAUUCUCACGGACGACAAUGUGCGUCAAGGACUAAAGAAGUACUCUAACUGGCCGACGUUCCCGCAGCUUUACGUCAAUGGUGAACUGAUUGGUGGACUGGAUAUUGUUCAGCAGCUGCAGGAGGACGGUGAACUUGCACAGUUGAAGGAGUAA